AUGUAUCUCAAGAGCGCCAUCCUUGUGACGCUUCAUAUUGCCUUCGCGGCUGCCGAUGAGAUCCAUCUCGUCAAUUGCCAGAACACUUCGCCUCGGCUUCCUCCCGAUGAAUACACUGUCAUGGCAUAUUAUGCCUCGAGCGGAGACUUGAAUUCUCCGCCUUCCUCGAAUAAUCUUUGCUUCCCGGUCUCCUCCGGGACAGUUCAGUGGGAAAGAAGCGAUGGCGUGUCGUGCACCUUCCCCACAGGCGUGACCUUCCACGAGACCUUAAACGCCAACGCUCCCAGCGCCCCCAAUUUCUCGGCUGUUGGGUCUGGCUCAAACGGAUUCAACUCGUACACUUGUUACAAGGACAAUGGACACCAGCUGUAUGUGGAUAGAGACGCGAAGGUCUGUUUCAGCAGGUACUACUGUCUUUCGAAUUAG